UGGGCCGUUACCGGGGCUCGGGGACGGCGCCGGCCAGUAUGCGCCGCAUGUAAAUACCUCGGCGGGGGGUGAGGGGCGCGGGGGAGAGAAGCGUCGAGUUUCAAAAAAAGACCAAACCCACAAAGCCCGGGCGGGCGGGAGCGCGCGAUGGGCGCCCUUUGGCUGCGGGCGCGAGUGGAGGAUGCUGGGAAGGAGGUAAAAUGGCCACCGGCGGCGGCGUGGAGGAAGAGAGGAAGCGGGGGCAGCCGCAGCUCCUGCCCCCUGCGCGGCCACCGGCCCGGGGCGAGGAGGCUCAAGGCGGGCGCGAGAAAAUGGGCUGGGCCCAGGUGGUGAAGAAUCUAGCCGAAAAGAAGGGCGAGUUCCGAGAGCAGCGGCCGCCCCGGCGGGAGGAGGAAAGCGGCGGCGGCGUCGGCGGCGGGCUGGGCGCCCCGGCCGGCCUGGCCGUGCCGGACCUCGGCGACUUCCCCCCGGCCGGCCGCGGGGACCCAAAAGCUCGCCGGAGAGACCCGGCCGGCGAGGCGGCGGACCCCCGCAAGAAGAAGGGCGCUGCCGAGGCGGGCAGAAGGAAGAAGGCCGAGGCGGCGGCGGCGGCCAUGGCGGCCCCGUUCAAGCCCAGCGAGGCCGAGGACGUGGCUGAGCGGCCCCUCCAGGACGAGCAGGCGGCGGCAGCGGGCCCGGGCAAGGGUCGCUUCCUCGUCCGCAUCUGUUUCCAGGGAGACGAGGGCGCCUGCCCGACCCGGGACUUCGUGGUGGGCGCGCUUAUCCUGCGCUCCAUCGGCAUGGACCCCAGCGACAUCUACGCUGUCAUCCAGAUCCCGGGCAGCCGCGAGUUCGACGUGAGCUUCCGCUCGGCGGAGAAGUUGGCCCUGUUCCUGCGCGUCUACGAGGAGAAGCGAGAGCAGGAGGACUGCUGGGAGAACUUUGUGGUUCUGGGGCGGAGCAAGUCCAGCUUGAAGACGCUCUUCAUCCUCUUCCGGAACGAAACGGUGGACGUGGAGGACAUUGUGACCUGGCUCAAGCGCCACUGCGACGUGCUGGCCGUGCCCGUGAAAGUGACCGACAGGUUUGGGAUCUGGACCGGGGAGUACAAGUGCGAGAUCGAGCUGCGCCAGGGGGAGGGGGGAGUCAGGCAUCUGCCGGGGGCCUUCUUCCUGGGAGCCGAGAGGGGCUACAGCUGGUACAAGGGGCAGCCCAAGACGUGCUUUAAAUGUGGUUCCCGGACCCACAUGAGCGGCAGCUGCACGCAGGACAGGUGCUUCAGGUGCGGGGAGGAGGGGCACCUGAGCCCUUACUGCCGGAAGGGCAUCGUGUGCAACCUCUGUGGCAAGCGAGGACACGCAUUUGCCCAGUGUCCCAAAGCAGUUCACAAUUCCGUGGCAGCUCAGCUAACCGGCGUGGCCGGGCACUGAACACCCGCCAUGCCUGCCAGGGUGAACACACAGCCAGCUUACCCCUCUUAAGUGCCAAAACUUUUUUUUAGACCAUUUUUUAUCGUUUUUGAAGGAGAUCUUUUUUAAACCUACAAGAGACAUCUCUCUAUGCCUUCUUAAAUCGAGUUUACUCCAUUUCAGCCUGAUCUGAAUUGGUGACUGUCAUCAGUAACGACUACCGUGAACUGUAGUGUGCAGAUGUGUCGCCCCUCCCUUUUUUAAAAUUUUAUUUUCGUUUUUGUAUUUUUUUUUCCUUUUACUUUUUACUGCUCCCUCCCCAUACCUUGUUUUCUCCCUGGAUUUUCAUCCUUUGGGCUGCCUUACUCAUCUUUAUGCCUCGGCACUAGAUACGGGGCCCAACACGCGGUAGGCACUCCAUCAGUGUUUGUUGAAUUGAAAACAUUGUUGACUGUGGCUUCUGUCAGAGUGUCUACCUUUUGCAGCUCUUCCCUUCCCCUUUUAAUUUGCUGCUUCUAAUCUAUGUGGUCUGAGAAUUUGUGAAACCAAUGUUGUUAGAAGUGUAUAUAAUCUGAAUCAAUAAGCUCUGAAUGGUGGCCGAGGGCCUCUCUUGUGGCAUAAAGAUUCAUGGACUUUGUGACAGCUCUUCUGGUGGCCCAGAAGCCAUUUUUCAUAGAAUCAUGGAAUCUAGAGUAGUCCUGCUGGAAAGGACCUGAGAAUUGGUUCAGACCAAUCCCUUGGUUUUCCAGCAAGUGAAACAGGCCCAGAGAGGUUAAAUGACUGGGUCAGAAUUCACAUCGCUGUCUGGUGCCAGAGCUAGCCUAUAGUAGAGUUCCCUGACCCCAAGCCCGGUGCUCCGUCCACUACCUCUCACACUUCACAACAAAUUUCCUCCACACUUGAGGGCCCAGAAAAUCUGAUCUCUCCAGAAUGAUGAGCCCAGGGGAAUGCUGAGAGAUCAUCUGCGGAGGGCGCAGAAAGAGAAGGUUUAGCAAGGACUUCUUGGCUCUUGGGAGAUAAGAAGGGACCAAGGAACAAACUCUGGAGUGCAUUUGUUGCUCCCUGGGGUGCCACAUGUGGAUUAAUGUCUGCCAGGUUCUUUGGAGGCCUUACCCUUUCCCAUUCAUUGCCACCAGUAAGAAGUGGGGGUGCCCCUGAGUAAAGAAACCUACCAAAGGUUUACAUUUGCACCUUACCCUCAAUAGCUAGGAACCCUAGAGAAGCAGCUAGCCGAACUCAUCUACAACCUCCUGACUCUCGGGAGAAGGAUUGUUUAACCUGGAAUUGUGAGUGAGCUGUUAACUCUGAAAUGUACCUGGGAAACAGGCCAAGUAAGAGGUCAUGGGUCAACUGUUAACCAAGUUAAAGUAGAAAAGACAGUACACUGCUUUUCUUUUAGUUUUUGUCUUUGCUAUAUGUUUUUUUGCUAUUUCCUUGUGGCUUAGAAUGUAAAAUUGAGUGUUUUGUUCUGAAUAAAUAUUUAUCUUUUGUAUUGCUAA